CGUUACGGUCGAUAGAGACGUAAAUCGCCCACGUUUCUUCCGUGGUUUUGUUAUUUUUGGUAGGGUGGUGAAAUGCACAGAUGCAAUUUUCAUCUUGGGAAUCAUACAGCCAACAAUAACUGCCAGAAGCGACCUACUCAUUGAUUUUAAGAAUAGUUGCUAAGACUUCACAAAGGUGGUGUAGAUGUACGGUUUUGCUGGGUGCCAGCACGUGAGGGGGUUACAAGGUGCAUUGCAAAAGGAAAUAGCAUUACCAGUUCCACUUGGAAAAGUGGAAAGAAAAGCAUUGAUUAACAAGAAAGGAAUGGAAAUAUGGUAGAAAAAGUGGAAGGAAUACCAGAAAGGAAGGGGGUACCACAAAAUACAACAGUCCGUCCUAACAAAGAACUAUAAAGAAAGAAACAGAAGGGAGGAAAUCAUCAUAACUAGACUCAGAUUGGAUUACACAGGAUUAAAUGGCACUAUGUAUGUACUGGGGAAAAGGAACAGUGAAAAGUGUGAGAACUGUGGAGUUAAAGUGAAUGUGGAACAUGUCGUAUUACCUUGCACCAUGCAUGGAAUAGAAAGAGAAAAGCUAAAUGGAGGGAGAGGGGGUAAGAGCUACCAGGAAGGCACUAUUUACUUUCUUAAGUGACGCAAAGUUGGUGAGAAGAAUUUAAAAAAGGUUAAAUCAUGGAUUUCACAUCCAUGGGUAAAAUGGUCAAACGACAUGAUGCUACAUACUCUUGUACAGUAGGUGGCGGUAUGCACCUUAAAGUUGUUUGAGAACUGUCAAUAAACCGAGAGAACAAGAAGAAGAAGAAGAAGAGGCAGGGACUUAUCUUGCCGUUACACCUCAGCUUUGAAAGUCUACGUCGAGUAACGCCUGCUUACAUCUACCCAAGUGGUAUGACCAGGUUAGAUGCAAAGAAUUGUGUACAUUUUAGGGUAUUGGGUGACCUGUUGGGUGACCUGAGUGUCCAGCGUGACAGCUCUCAGGUGUAAUUUGGGUGCUACCAUCUAUAAUGGAAAACACUUCUGAUGACUACAAGAUCCAGUCAUUUGACCUGGACACACAGAUGCUGCUGAAAACAGCUUUGAAAGAUCCAAGUUCAGUGAACCUGGAGAAGGUAUCCGAUAUCCUUGUGGAUCAGUCUUUAAAGGACCAGGUGUUCAGCAAAGAGGCUGGACGCAUCUGCUACACCAUCGUGCAGGCCGAGGCCAAGCAGAACAACGGAAAUGUGUUCAGGAGGAGCUUGUUGAACCGCCUCCAGCAGGAGUUCAAGAGCCGCGAGGAGACGAGGGGCCGCUCGCUGCAGGAGUGGGUGUGCUUAGUCACGUUCAUCUGUAACGUCUUCGACUACCUUAAAGUGAACAACAUGCCGAUGGUGGCUCUGGUCCAUCCUGUGUUUGACUGCCUGAUCAGGCUGGCCCAACCAGAUGCUCUCAUGAAUGAGGAGGAGGUGGACUGCCUGGUGCUGCAGCUGCAUCGCAUCGGAGAGCAGCUGGAGAAAGUGAACGGCCCGCGGAUGGACGAGCUGUUCUUCCUGCUGCGGGACGGCUUCCUGCUCCAGGAGGGCCUUACCUCCAUGGCCCGUCUGCUGCUGCUGGAGAUCCUGGAGUUCAGGGCUGGAGGCUGGGUGCUCAGCGGCACCGCCCACAAGUACUACUACAGUGAAGUCGCUGACUAGGGUCGCUGUGAGGACAAGGGUGCUGAGCAGCUGUUUUUGCAGGUGCGUUAGCAAACGUUCAAGCACCUUGGAUACCGCUCUUUAGUCAACACUGAUUAUAAAACCAGCAGAUUCAUGAAGGACAGCGACAUCUUCCAGGAAAACUGGAAGGUUUUGGUAAGAUUCAACAAACUGUAAAAAGACGUUUUGAUUUUGCUGGAUUGUUCCCUGCGUUUGAUAAUAUUUCCGAGACAUGGUGCCGUGGAUGUGGAAUGUGCAAUAGUUCAGAGUGUUGAAUUUAAAAUAACGAGGUUUAGCCACAUUCAGGUACACUUUGUUUUCAAGUUUGAUCACAGCUGAAGCUAUUUUUUUUAUUUGAUUUUUUAUUGAUUGAGCAUUCCUGUUUUGAGAAAGUCCAACUUGUUUUUUUACCAAAUCCAAAGACUUGACAUUCCCAAUGCAAGCUGCUUUUGGUCUUUGCUUUGUUGUUGUGACCAAAUUCAAUUGAAAAAUCUAUAUUUUAAUAAUUAAGUUGAAUAUUUUAGCGUAGAAUUUACAUUUGACAAAAGGUUUGAAAUGCCGUUCAGAGGAGUUUGUCCUGUGGGAUUCCUGUUACGUUACAUGUCGUGAGGUCGUUUCCUCAGAUGAAGCGUUAAGUCUUAAAUCGGGGACCUUCCUUUCUUUUGUUGCAGCUCAACUUACAUGUAAAAGACCAAGAUAUUGGUUAGUUUAAACUGUCUCUAUAGAUAAAUCAAUCAGAUAUUCAAUACAUUUCUGGAAUCAAACGUUUCAGAUGUUAAACAACUCGUGCCAAUACAACAAGAGCAGCUUCCAAUACUUCUUGACAAAGCCGAAGCUUUUAAUUUGUAGUUGAGGUUCUGCAGGACAGUGGUGGCAGAAGUACUCGGAUCAAUCUCUGGAAGAAAAACAAAAGUAGCAAUACCACAGUGAAGUAAAAGCACUCGUAAUGCAGAAUGACCCAUUUCAAAAUCAUCCAUAUUAUACGAUUUGAUUUUAAUCAUUGAUGCAUUAAUGUGUAUAUCACUUUAAGUGUUGCAGCUGGUGAAGGCAGGGCUCCUUUUAAUUACUCUGCUGGGUAGCUCGUGAAUUUCCCCGCUGUGAUCAAUCAAGUUUUAUCCUAAUCAAACACAAUUUAUUUAUUGAUCAUAUUUUAUAUUAUUAAUCUGAAUCUGCUAAAUAACUAACUAAAGUUAUUAAAUACAUGUAUUGUAGUCAAUAUGUCCUUUAAGAUUGUACUUAUGUACUAAAUGUGCUCAGUUACCUUCCACCACUGCUGGAGGAAUAAGUUCAGUAUCAGUUAUGAGCAUAAAGUAUUUUUCCUCUGAAUUCAGCACCACCAGCGCUGGCUACACGGCAGCAUGUAGCUCAGUUUUACAUUGUAGUCUGUUGUUGCCUUUGUUGAUACUCAGUGACGGCUUUACAGUCUAACCAAAGCUGUGCCUUGGAUUCAGACGCACAAGCAAAGGUGGCACAUGUCAUUCAUGUGGUUAAAGCUGCACCUGUAAUUAUAUGUAAAUAGCUAAAAGCUUAAUUAAGAGAUCGGCAGACUACAUUUCCUGUUAAAUAAUUUAAAAGCCCAGUUAUGGUCAGGAUUUAAGACAUUUUGUAUUAUAUUUCCCACCACGUUCAGACCAAGUUGAUCAAACAAACAGUUUAAUGAUGUGAAACUUUAGUAACUAGUCCCGUAAUGACAGGACACAGAACUGACUGCAAUAUCUGCCAUAUUUUACUACGCUAUUGUAACAUUUUUACAUUAUUCCAUUUUUAUGGUUGGGUUGUACAUUUAAUGCAAAUGUAUUUGUUCUAAUAAAUCUUUUGAAGUUU